AACCGUAAAGAAAGUUAGGUUAGGUGUUAGGUUAGGUUUUUCAUAUUUUCUUACAGCUGAUACACCUACAGUUUCUAAAUUCCAGUAGUCUGCAAAAUCAUAAAAUUCUUGCUAAAAGUUGUCCCUAUAAGUUCCAAGGACUUCCAUACAUACCACUCUUUCAAUUUUAAACAGAUAUACUCAGCCAAAACAUGUCAAAACGUAAAGGUAACAAGAAAAACAAAGAUGAUUUUCCAGAUGAUGAUGAAAAUCCUCAACCAACCCGUGGGAAACAAGGCAAAAAUGACAUGGAACUAAGUGACUCAGAUGACACACCUGUCCCAGCCAAAGGAAAGAGUAAAAAGAACAAAAAAGCUGUGAAAGAGGAGAUCAAAGAAGAAGUUGGGGACACGUCUGAAGCAGUAGAACAUACAACCAAGGGUAAGAAAGGAAAGAAAGGGAAGAAAGGUGGAAAAGAAGAUAAGUGGGAUAGUGAUACAGAGCCUAUGGUUGUGAACAAAAAGGAUAAAGAAAGUGAUGAGGAGUCUAUACCUGCACCAAAAGCUAAAAAAGGUAAGAAACCAAAAAAAUCUGUCAAAGAAGAGAAGUUUGAUAGUGAAGAUGAUGAUGCAGAAAACUUGGAGAGUGCUGAGGAAGUUUUACCUGCUCCAUCCAAAGGUAAAAAAGGGAAGAAGGUAAAGAAAGCUGCUAAAGGUGAUGGGUUUGAAAGUGAUGACGAACCACAACUAAAACUUGAUAACCUGAGUGAUGAACCAGAAAGUAUAGAGGAAAUUCAACCUGUCCCCAAAAGUAAAAAAGGAAAGAAGGUGAAAAAAGGCUUUAAAGAAGAUGUGAAUGCUGAUACUGAUCUGACGGAAGGCAUUCCUCCUGCAGAAGUAGAUUUAGUCCAGGAAACUUCAGAACCCAUACCAGCAAAGUCAAAAAAGGAUAAUGAAAUAAGCAAUGAACAAGAACCAAAUCCAGAACCAGCAGAAAAGGAGGCAGACGAUAGCAUUGCAGAUAUUAUCGAAGGCACUGAGAAACUGGACUUGGACACCCCUAAAGAAAAGAAAUUGACCCACAAAGAAAAGAAAAAAUUAAAAAAACAACAGGAGUAUGAAAAGGCAAUGGAAACUAUGCUGAGAAAAGGAGGCCAAGGUCACUCUGAACUAGACUCCAACUUUACAGUUUCUCAAGUUCAGAAAACUGCUGGACAAAUGGCUGCCUUGGAAAAUGCAGUUGAUAUAAAAAUUGAAAACUUUACGAUUGCAGCUAAAGGAAAAGAUCUAUUUACAAAUGCAUCUUUGGUCAUAGCAAAUGGAAGACAUUAUGGUUUGGUGGGACCUAAUGGUCAUGGAAAAACUACUUUACUUAGACAUCUUGCUCAAAGGGCAUUUGCAAUUCCACCCAAUAUAGACAUAUUAUACUGUGAGCAAGAAGUUGUUGCUGAUGACAUGAGUGCAGUGGAGACAGUUUUAAAGGCUGAUGUAAAACGUAAUGAGCUUCUUGCAGAACAAAAGAAAUUGGAAGAAGAAUUUAACCAAGGAAAAUUGGAUGUUCAAGACAGGUUAAAUGAAGUUUAUGCCGAAUUAAAGGCCAUUGGUGCUGACUCUGCUGAGCCUAGAGCUAGAAGAAUCCUAGCUGGUCUUGGUUUUACUAGAGAAAUGCAGGACAGGGCUACUAAGAAUUUUUCUGGUGGUUGGAGAAUGAGAGUUUCUCUUGCUAGAGCACUUUACAUUGAGCCUACUCUUUUACUACUUGAUGAGCCGACAAAUCACUUGGAUUUGAAUGCGGUUAUCUGGUUAGAUAACUACUUACAGGGGUGGAAAAAGACUCUUCUUAUAGUAUCUCAUGACCAGUCAUUUUUGGAUAAUGUAUGCAAUGAAAUCAUCCAUCUUGACAACCAAAAGCUCUAUUACUAUAAAGGCAAUUAUUCUAUGUUUAAAAAAAUGUAUGUGCAAAAGAGGAAAGAAAUGAUCAAAGAGUAUGAAAAACAAGAGAAAAGAAUUAAGGAAUUAAAAUCAUCUGGAUCAUCUAAGAAACAGGCUGAAAAGAAACAGAAAGAGGCUCUUACCAGGAAGCAGGAAAAGAACAGAAGCAAAGUUCAAAAACAAGAGGAAGACACCCAACCUACAGAAUUGCUGCAAAAGCCAAAGGAAUAUUUGGUUAAAUUCCGAUUUCCAGAACCUCCACCACUUCAACCUCCAGUUCUUGGCCUUCAUAAUGUUACGUUUGCAUAUCCAGGUCAAAAACCUCUUUUUGUUAAGACUGACUUUGGUAUUGAUAUGACAAGUAGGGUAGCCAUUGUUGGACCAAAUGGAGUAGGAAAAUCGACAUUCCUAAAAUUGCUGGUCAAUGAAUUAACCCCUCAGGAAGGAGAGGCUCGCAUGAACCAUAGACUAAGAAUUGGUAGAUUUGAUCAGCAUUCAGGUGAACAUUUGACUGCAGAAGAAACACCUUCUGAAUACUUAAUGAGGUUAUUUGAUCUACCCUAUGAAAAGGCAAGGAAGCAGUUGGGUACUUUUGGGCUUGCUAGUCAUGCACACACUAUAAAGAUGAAAGACUUGUCUGGAGGUCAAAAGGCAAGAGUGGCUCUGGCAGAGUUGUGUCUGAAUGCCCCUGAUGUUUUGAUUCUUGAUGAACCUACAAAUAACCUGGAUAUCGAAUCAAUUGAUGCUCUUGCUGAAGCAAUCAAUGAAUACACUGGAGGAGUUAUAAUAGUAUCUCACGACGAACGUCUGAUCAGGGAGACUGGCUGCUCAUUAUAUGUUAUAGAGGAUCAGACCAUCAAUGAAUUGGAUGGUGACUUUGAUGACUAUAGGAAAGAAUUGCUCGAAAGUCUUGGUGAAGUUAUUAAUAGUCCAAGUAUUGCUGCCAAUGCUGCUGUCAGCCAAUAGCUAAUAUAAUAAGUAUUCUAGUGUUUUGAUAUAAUGAUGAUAAUUUAUUUUUUAUGAAGUUUUUAAAAAUUGUUACUCAUCUGAUAAAUUACUUAAUAAAUCGUUUGUUCUGAUA